AUGGAUGUACCAAGACUACCAAGUCAAGAACGCCCACAUGAGACGUCAGGACGUGACUGCGCCAAGACCAAGUGUGCGUCCAGCAUCGCACAGAAAGCGGCGGCGGAAGCUAAGGCUGCGCAAGCGGCUCAAAACGCGGCAGGCGCGCAGGCUGCGCACAUGGUGAAAACUCAACUAGCGGAAAAGGCUCUACAAGCAGCGAAAGCGGCGGAGGCUGCGCUCGCGGGCAAGCAGGCAGUUGUUGAGCAGCUGCAGCAGGAGGUCCGGGAGACGGAAGCAGUGGUGGCGCAGAACCUGCAGGCAGUGCAUCAGCAGCAGGGCACGGUGGCCGCCGCUUGCCAGCUCGCGCAGCAGGCUAAUGCUCAGCACAAAUUAAUGAUGCAAGCCGUCAAUGUAGCAGCCCAAUUGGUAAAAGCCGCUAACUGUGUACUAGAAAAGACUAAGAUUGGUCUACAGGAGAAGUCUAGAAAUCUUGCUGAAGCACGAGCGAGGUUAUCCCACUUACAGCACAAGCUGCAGUGCGCGUGCGCGGACUGUGCGGCGACCAAACAGGCUGCGCACGCCGCCUGCGAGGCCGCGCGGGCCGCCUGCGGCAACGCCAGGAGAAAGAGACGUAGGAGUAUUCAAAAUGCACUAGCUUUAAGAGUUACAAAAAAAUAUAACUAG